GGAGCCGCUGUGCCCUCAGUGAGCGCUGCCGGCUCCGCCCGCCGCCGCCUCGUCAGCGCUGCCAGCGUGGAGCCGCCCGGGCCCGGCGGAAGCGGCGAGCCGCGGGGCGGCCCCGGCCAUGGACGCCUCUCUGGAGAAGAUGGUUGACCCUACUCUAGCCGAAAUGGGAAAGAAUCUGAAUGAAGCAAUGAAGAUGCUAGAAGACAAUCAAAGAAAAGCAGAGGAGGAAAAUGAAAAGAAGUAUGCACGGAAGGAUAUUCCUGGACCACUGCAAGGCAGUGGCCAGGACAUGGUGAGCAUACUUCAGUUAGUUCAGAACCUAAUGCAUGGUGAGGAGGAAGAGGAGUCUUCACAGGCCUACCGACUUCAAAAUGUUGGUGAACAGGGUCACAUGGCUCUACUGGGGCAUAGUUUGGCUGCUUAUAUAUCAGUGCUGGACAGGGAAAGACUGAGAAAACUUACAACAAGGAUCCUUUCUGACACUACCCUCUGGCUCUGCAGGCUUUUCAGGUAUGAAAAUGGGUCAGCUUAUUAUCAUGAAGAUGAUCGUGAAGGUCUCCUAAAAAUCUGUCGACUUGUUAUUCACACACGCUAUGAAGAUUAUACAGUGGAAGGAUUUAACGUGCUAUAUACUAAGCAGCCCAUUAUAUACAUUAGUUCUGCAGCUAGAACAGGCCUGGGCCAAGCUCUCUGCAAUCAGCUGGGGUUGCCCCUUUCUUGCAUGUGCCGUGUGCCUUGUAACACCAUGUUUGGAUCUCAACAUCAAAUGGAUGUUGCUUUGUUGGACAGAUUGAUUAAAGAUGAUGUUGAGUCUGGAAAACUGCCUUUGUUGCUUGUGGCUAAUGCUGGUACACCAGGUGCUGGGCACACAGAUAAACUCGGGCGGCUGAAGGAACUUUGUGAGCAGUAUAAUAUGUGGCUCCACGUAGAAGGAGUGAAUUUGGCAACUUUGGCUUUGGGUUAUGUCUCCUCUUCUGUACUGGCUGCUACAAAAUGUGACAGCAUGACUCUUACUCUGGGUUCCUGGCUGGGUCUCCCAGCUGUACCUGCAGUGACACUCUACAGACAUGAGGAUCCUUCUUUGUCCUUAGCAGCGGGGCUAACAUCAAGUCAGCCUGUAGAGAAACUUCGUGCCCUGCCCCUAUGGCUCUCCUUGCAGUACUUGGGCCAUGAUGGAAUUGUGGAAAGGAUAAAGCAUGCUUCACAACUAAGUCAAAGGUUGCUGGAAAACUUGAAAAACCUGGAUUUCAUUAAAACUUCGGUUGAAGAUGAACUGAGUUCACCAGUGGUGGUUUUCAAGUUCUACCAGAAGUAUUUAAAUAAAGAUCAAACCCCAAGUGCUGCACAGGCUUCAACUAUUCCGCACCCCAUAAUAAGCAAUGAAGGACACAUUUAUGACACUUUCAAUCAGUGGUUAGGAGAACAGUUGGCGCAGCUGGUUCCUGCCAGUGGGGUUGAUGUGGUAGAACUGGAAGAUGAAGGCACGUGUGUGCGUUUCAGCCCCUUAAUGACUUCUGCAGUUUUAGGGACAGAAAUACAAGAUGUUGAUCAGUUGGUAGACUGCUUAAAGAUGAAGAUACCAGUAUUGACAAGUACACUGCAACUGAGAGAGGAGUUUGAGCAAGAAGUGAGAAGAACGGUAGGCCUCUUGUAUAUUGAAGAUCUCAGCUGGCCAGGAUUAGGUGUUGUAAGGUACAGCUAUCACAGUGAUGGGAAGAAUGAUGACAAGCAAGAAAAAGAAUUAGAAAAAAUUAACACAGAACUUCUGAAAAAAUUAAAUGAACUGGAGUCGGAUCUCACUUUCUCUUUGGGCCCAGAAUUUGGAGGACAGAAGAACUGUGUUUAUAUUGGCAUGGUAACUGAGGAUCUUGAUGUGUCGGAGUUAGUUGAAACUAUUGCAGCAACAGGCAGAGAAAUUGAAGAAAAUUCAAGACUGUUGGAAAACAUGACUGAAGUUGUUAGAAAAGGGAUACAGGAAGCACAACUUCAGCUUCAGAAAGCAAAUGAAGAACGACUUCUGGAAGAGGGGCUGCUACGACAAAUACCUGUAGUAGGCUCUGUGCUGAACUGGUUUUCUCCAUUCCAAGCUUCACCAAAGGGAAGAACAUUCAAUUUAACAGCAGGUUCUCUAGAAUCCACAGAAUCUACGUAUGUAUCAAAAGCCCAAGGAACAGGUACUACUCCACCACCAACUCCUACUUCCAGCCUUACAAAGCAAAGACUUCCUGGUCAAAAAAUUUUUAAAAGGUCUCUAAGAAAUUCCGAUGCCUUUAGUGAGACCAGUUCAGUCAGCCACUGUGAGGACCUGGAGAAGACGGAUCAGAGACCCCCGGCUCUAUCCCCUGGCCAAGAGCAGAGGUCGCCAGAGACAGAAAAUCCAGAGCAGCAGCAGCAGGAGGGGACACAGACACCACCUAAAGGCACUGAGGACAUUCCAAGGGACUGCACAAAGGUAGAGGAACAAGAAAGUCAAAGAUAAAAUCUGUACUGUGGAUUUCAGACUUUGCAGAUGAAUCACAUGCCCUGGGAAGCAGGGCAUUGGUGAUGCAUUUAAAAUGUGAACAGUGCCACACACUAGUACAGUAAUAACUACUGUAUCUUAUUAACUGGGAUUUUGCACAAAUAUAAAUUCCUCCCAUGGGACAGAGAUUUGUCUUACUGUACACUUAUUACAGUUGCUUUAAUCCUGUACAUGUCAGUGUCACCAAAGUAGUAGUGAGAUUUAUUAACUGCUCGUAAAUAUUUGUAAAAAAUAAAAAUUGGCAGUUAAAGUUUCUGUAAGAUUUUAAGCAUGAUAGUAGUUGCUAACUGGUCAGCCAUGCACAAGAUUAAGACUACAGUUGCACCGAAUAAUUGUAAAUUGACUUUAUUUUAUGUGAAUAUAUUUAAGAAACUGCCAAUUUUUCACCUUUUUUAUAUUUAAAUUUCAGUUUAGCCUCUCCUGCGAACCAUCCUAGUCACACUAGCUCUAUUUUGCCUUUUUUUAACCCUUACAAAGAGCAUUGCCAAGCGGUUGUGCAAUGAGUGUUAGGGAUGGAUGCCCAUGUGUCUAGGAGUUCCUGAACUUUGCCAUCAGCCGUUUUUCCCCGCUGUUGUAUGACUUGACCCUGAGUACAGCAGGACUUUGAAAAAGGAAUUGUGUCUGCAUGCCUAAAUGGCUUCUUGCUUCUACCACUGAAAAGGAUGACCAAUCCCUUGUUAUUUUCCUUUGCACGCCAGUUAUUGAAUACAUCUAUGUAGUGUAACUGGAAUUCUUUUCUGUUGUGUAUUUUUAAAGCUAGUUAUAGUAAAGCUUGAAAAAAAAUUGUGCUGGUUUCAACACUUACUUUUGAAUAACAGUAACUUGCCUAUAGUAGAAAUUGUACAGAUUCAGUGAAAUUACAUAGUUUAUUUACACUACAGCACAAAUUCCUAGUGCCCAGAACUAUUUAAUGCACAAGUUAUGCUUUGGAUACAUCUAAAGCUAGGGUAUAGAAGUGUUUGUCCCCAAAAAAUAUUGUAGUUACUUUGCUGCAAAUUUUCAGCCCCUUGUGGAAAGAUCUUUAGAGAAGGUUGCUUUCCCCAAGGGAAUCCCAUCCCAUCCCUACAGAGCUGGAUACCAGUACUGUAGUUUGCUUUGUUUUUCCAAAAGAUGUUAAUUAACACUAACACAAUGGCUGUAGUGGUAGCAUAAUUAACUUGGAUAAUCUGAAAAAUUAUAAUAUUUUUUUUAAUUGAACUGUCACCUGAUUUGACUUUCACCCUUUAGAUCCAGUGGGGCUGGGAUGCCACAACAAGGUUAAUUUCACUGCUGAGGUAAUUUAUGUAAAUCAGAGUGCAAUUUUUCUAAAGUGCAAAAACAAUUAAGUUGACUAGUCUUCCUUAUUGGUUUCUUUGGUGCAAUGAAGUAUGUUAAUAAGAGUAAUUUGUUGGGGAUCAAGGUAUCACCACAAUGAUUAAUUUUUAAUGUUUUUAUAUUUGGAAUUGUUAAAUCAGUUUUGUUGGAAUGAGCUUCAUUCUUUAGAUACUAUCUGAAUGUUUCAAUAAAGAUUCUUCAAAUUAUUA